ACCUUGAUCUUUGGAUUGGGAAAUAGACAUCAGCUGUUUGGUCGUUUUAAGUCACAGAGGAAUAUGCGCGGUGGUGUUGUCGGCUUACACUUAUCGGGAUUUAUUUCUUCCAGGAAUGAAAAAAAUAUUAGCACGUCUUGCCCAAGGGGAUUCUGAUGAAGGAUUUGCAUCAUAUAACAAUCUUGGUAAUCAUCAAGGACCACAUCUUGCUGCUGUCGGGCGUAAUUUUAGGGUGGGUAGUUUUACACUAGUUGUGGAGUCGGUUAUUGCUGAAGGAGGAUUCGGUGUUGUAUUUCGUGUAGUCUCUCAACAUGGACAUACUUACGCUUUGAAAAGAACAUGUGUUAACAAUAGUCAUGAUCUUUCUGUUUGUAAAAGAGAGAUAAAUAUUGUAAGUUCUUUAUCACAUAAAAAUAUUAUCCGCUAUGUGGACUCGAAAAUAAUAGAUAUUCAACAAGGAAUAUAUGAAGUUUUGUUAUUGACUACUUAUUAUCCAGGUAGUUUAAGUCAACUCAUAAAUGAACGGAAACAACACCACAGAUUUACGGAAGCUGAAGUUAUACGUAUAUUUAGUGAUAUUUGUGAAGCAGUUUGUCGAUUACACCAUUGUAAAACACCAAUUAUUCAUCGAGAUUUAAAAAUCGACAAUAUUCUUAUUGACGAUCGAAAUAAUUUUAUUCUAUGUGAUUUUGGCAGUGCAACUUCACGUGUUCUCCAUCCUGGUGUUCAUGGUCUUGGAAGAUGUGAAGAAGAAAUUUCUAGAUAUACUACUUUAGCUUAUCGUGCCCCUGAAAUGGUCAAUCUAUCCUCAUCAAUUCCAUUAGGUCCACAAAUCGAUAUCUGGGCUUUAGGUUGUAUGCUGUAUUGUAUAUGCUAUUUCAAUUUACCAUUUGGUGAUAGUAUUUUAGCUAUACAAUCAGGUAAUUUUAGUCUACCAGACAAUUCACCAUAUUCUGAAAGAUUACAUAAAUUAAUUGGUUAUAUUCUUUGUGUGGAUGCAUUCAAACGUCCAGAUAUUUAUCAAGUUUGUGCAUUAGUCUUUACGCUUGCGGGUCGAAAUAAUCCUGCUCAGAAUUUAGGUAAUCUUCCAGUUCCCCUUUGGAAAGAUCUAAUUGUACCUCCACGAGAAUCUCAACUCAAAUUACCUGUCAAUUAUCAUACGUCUGAGUUAAAAUCAGAAAAUAGCCCAAUUUCUCCUUCCGUUAAUAUUCGAAAUAAAUCUUGUUCACCUGAUCAGAAACAAUCUAUUCAUCAGUCAACGGAUCAAUUUAUUACGAAUACGUCGGUAGCACCAAGAGAAAGACCACGACCUAAUUGCUCUGCUAAUAAUCGUGUAAUUGUGGGUAACACUGUAAAUUCAAUUAUUAGACCACCGAUUGUAACAUCAUCAAUGACUGACAAUAAUAAUAAUCCCGUUACGACAAACUUUGCCGACUUUUCCUAUUCAAAUAUACUAACUGUGUCAAAUCAAAAUAUCAGUUUGCCAUUUCAAGAUUCUUUUAAUCAACAACCAUCAACAAAUUUACUGGGACAUAAACGUUGUCCAAGUGAUACAUCGUCAUUUUUGAAAAUUUUCUCUCCAAAUUUACGUCAUAUACAAAGUUUAGCAUCUUUGUCACAAAUAUCUCAAUCAUUUGAUUCAGUGGCAAAUAGUUGCUCAACUAUUGAAUACACUAGUGUAGGCAAUGUUAUUUCAAGUUCAAGAAAAGCUGAAAUGUCGACAUCGCCACGUUUAAAUGUAAUAGACCAACCGACUACUACUACUAGUACAACCACUACUCUUGGUGUUCAACAUGUAUCAUCUAGUGGGAAUUCCGAUAAUUUUCUCUCACCAUCACAACAACAGCAAUACUUUUCAUCAACAAUGUGUUCAUCUACACCUUUACGACAUAUUCAAUGCAAUCAAACCAUGAUACAUAAUAAUAAAAAUAUGAAAACUGUCGAUAGUGUUGAUACUACUGCUACUAAUGAUUAUGAUGAUGAUCUUUUCGGUGCUGCUUUUGACGCGAUUCGCGGUAAUAGUGGUAAUAAUAAUGAUAAUAAACAUCAAUAGAUCACAAAUAACCAAUAUUCAAUGCAAUCAUUCUUUGAAAUAGUUUCCUACAAUCUGAACAAUUCCACUGUUGUUGAUGGUGUUUACUUUAUAAUAUCUACUCCAUUGUCAUGUAUACAUGAAUCAAUCUGCUUAUAAAAAAUAUUCCUACAUUUUAGAUUUCAUUCAGUCAUGAUUUCUUCUUUGUUUUUUUUUUAAACCAAAAAAGCAUCCAAAUUUUUAAUGUUUUAGUAGAUUUAUACUUUAGAAUGGAUUGAUGAUGAUUUAACCAGUGAAUUCAAUCAGAUCUCAAAUUCUUUUUAGAUUGAAGUAGUAUAUUUAUAUUUUUUGAUAUCAAUGGGAUUAACUUUCUUUCAUCCCUUAUUUGAACAACGCCUAUCUAAGAUUCACUUGCUAUAUAUAUAUAUAUAUAUAUAUAUAUAUAUAUAUAUAUAUAUAUAUAUAUAUAUAGUUUCAUCCUCUCUCUCUGUGUCUUCUGACCACACAUGGAUUACAUAUUGCACAAUUUGAAUACACUCUCCUUUGAUCUUUGAUUGAAUAUAUCCUGUAUGAUUUCUUUCUUAUAAUAUUUGCAAAUGUAAUAUGUAUAUAAUGAUGUGUAGAUUUUCUUACAAAACAAUUAAUAUAAUUUAUAUUUAUACAUACAUAGAAUGUUAUGGAAGUUGAUUUAUUUUAAUUAACCGGAUAAUUUGACUACUAUACUUACUUUCUUUAUCCUUGAUCAUUUGAAACAAACAAUACUUGUUUAAUGUUCUAUGUUAAUGAAUUACUAUCUUCAAUUCACUGUUCAUCAUAUGAUCUGUAUAAUUUUCUUACUUGUAAGCCUAAUUUAAUUUUGUGUCUUAUUGUGUGUGUGUGUGUUCGCUUGUAUCUGAUCCACACGUUUAUUACUUCUGUUCAUUAUGUAUUAAUUCGUAUUUCAUUCUAUCUAUGUAUUUGUGUGUAUGUUCUAAUGCUUAUGACUUUUGUCUCAUUUUCAUUUCUUCUUGUUUAUGAUGACUACAAGUAGAUUUUGCAGAAAAUAACCAUUAUAUAUAUAUAUACAUUGAAAAGAUUAUCCUUUGGUUACUAUUUCACAUUUUAUUCUCUAAUUGUAUUCGAAACCUAUUCUGGUUGAUUGAUUGAUUCACUAAUGGUAGUAUUCAGAUUCUUGUGUGUGUUUUUUUCGUCUAUUUUUUCUUUUGUUAUAUCUGAUUAACAGUAAAUUUCCACUUUAAAGGUUGUGUAUUUGAAAUUGAGAGAAAAAAAGAAUAAUUUUCUGACACAUUUUGUUAAGAAAAACCUUGAUGAGAUAAAGUUUCUUUUGUUUAUGUCAAAAAUUGGAUUCUGUUACUAAUGGAUCUAUUAAAUUUAAAGGUGUGAUCUUUGUUGUUGACCAUGACAAGUAUGUGUAGUCGUCCUUCAUCCAUAAGGUGUAUUACCAUAAAUUUCUUUGACAAUGUAUUUCAUUAUUGAAGAAACGUUCUAAUCACUCGUAAAUAUUCUUCAUUGAAAUUAUCACCAAUAGAAACAGAAUAGAAAUAUGUUUGUGAUUUACUGGUCGUUAACUGUAUUAUAUCACUUGACAAGUUUAUCAAAUAUUAUUAGUAUGAAUACAUUAUUUAAAGGAAUUAAAUUAAAACUGAUCCAUUAUACUAGUGCACAAAUGUAUAUUCAAAUUCAAUCAUAUAUUAUGAAGAAUAUUUGUAAUUUAAGAUGAGGAUUUUAGGAUUGUGUGCACUGAACUGGUUGGUCUAGUCAUAAAGACAACUAAAAUAACUAUAUAAAUAAUGGUCACAUAAUUAUGGACGAAAACUGACUGAAUUAUAGAUUAUCAGAAUAAAUGUGUAAUCAGUUGUUGGGAAAUCCUAAUAAUGCUUCAUUCUGUAGUUUAUGCUGAUAGUGUUGUCUAAAAAGACAAUAAAAGCUUCAUAACUAAAGAACCUAGUUUAAACGAGAUGACACCUACAGAAUUCAUUACAUAUAGAUACCUUUUAUUGAAUCUGUAGUUUUUCGUAAAUUUUGAUAGAAUAAGUCUGUCCAUUGCUGAUAUUAUGGAGAUCUUAAAUGACAGAUCAGUUAGUGACCUGAAAAACUGAUUUCCUCUCGCUCUCCAUAACUUCCACUUAUAUUUAUCAUUAAUAUAUUGUAUAUAAGCCCGUCCUUUUAUUACAUAGAAAACCUAUUUUCCUGGCUAGUGUCGGUGUUUUGAUUUUAUAUCAGGCUUGUAUUAAGUAAGUAGCUAUCAUCAUUCAGACAUACUUCGCAUCAUUUCAUACAAUCAUCUGUCAAUUAGCAUUCUUCUGAUUCAUGUUAACAACUGUAAAUUCGUUCAUAAAACCCUACCUCAUAAUUAAUUCUUCAACUUGUUUUGUAAAGUUCUCUCUUUCCAAUCAAUAUUUAUUAGAAUGUUUAAACAGACUAUUACUAAAUGAGUAUUGUUUUUUUGCCUAAAAUAAGUUAGUCAAUUAUGCUCCAUUCACUUAUAUUUAUAACUUCUAUUCAAAUAAUGAUUAUAGAAUAACACUGGAAAUAUUUUUGUUUUAUUGUGAAAUGUUAAUACAUAACAAAGUUUAUCAUGGC